AUUAUUACCGCAGUUUAAUUCUGGUUUUGAAAUGGAAACGUUUGUAGAGUAAUUUAACGUUGUAGUUAUAGAAUUUUUUUUUUUUUACUAAUUCUUUGGAGAAUCAAUAAAUAAUGGCUGUAACUUUGUAUAAUUUAUUCGAAGCUACUUUAUUAUGCAUUAAUGCUAUUGCUGUACUUCACGAAGAGAGAUUUCUCGCUAAAAUUGGAUGGGGAAGAGAUCAGAGUCGUGCAUUUGGAGAAGAACCUGGAGUAAAAGGCCAGCUAAUGAAUCUAAUUCAUUCAAUUAGAACUGUUAUGAGAAUUCCUCUUAUUUUCCUGAAUGCAGUGGUUAUCAUCUUUAAACUCAUUCUUGGAUGACAUUUAUAUUUGUAAUCAAUGUAUAUAAAUUUCUUCUAAAUAAAUAUUUGCUUUUUUUAUAUGUCAAUAAAUGUAUUUAAUAAAAUAAUUCUUUUGAAGUA